AGGGGAGGAUCCAAGAAGAACUGGGCCUGAGUCAAGUGAAAUCAGACAGCAACAACACAAAGGGGGGAGGGGGGCAUUCAAACGGUUCAAAACCAAAAACAAGCCAGGGAGCAGUCCUGGAGAAAUGAAGUUAAAAGGAUCAAAGGUAGCUCGUGAGUAGAAGUGAAAGCCUGAUGUGCUUCAUUGACAUGGCGUCUCAUCGGCCGGUCCCUGCAGACGACUUCGGUGCCUACUACAACCUUGCGGAGUGUGCAGACUAUGACUCCCUGCCGGAGUCUAAGACCCAGCCACACUUCCAGGGCGUGACGGGACUGCGGAACCUGGGCAACACCUGCUACAUGAACGCCAUCUUGCAAUGCCUCUGCAGCGUAUCUCCACUGGUGGAGUACUUCCUGUCCGGAAAGUACAUCACAGCUCUUAAGAAGGACUGCAGUGAGGUUACCACCGCCUUUGCCUACCUGAUGACAGAUAUGUGGCUUGGGGACUCAGACUGUGUCUCACCAGAGAUAUUUCUGUCGGCUGUUGGCAGUCUUUACCCAGCUUUUCUGAAAAAGACACAGCAAGAUGCGCAGGAGUUCCUGAUUUACGUCCUCAACGAGCUUCACGAAGCUUUGAAAAAGCACUGCCGAAGAAGAGUGAAUGAGAAAAGAACAGGCCAAAGCUGCUGCAGGAAGGUGCCGGCCCAGGAGACCUCCAUCAUCACCCGGCUGUUUGAAGGACAGCUCAGUUACAGCAUCACAUGUUUAAAGUGUGAGAGCUGCACGCACAAGAACGAAGUUUUCACCAUCCUCUCCCUCCCCAUCCCAUCUGACUAUGAAUGUUCCCUCCAGGACUGUCUCCAGUGUUUUUUCCAACAGGACACACUGACCUGGAGCAACCAAAUCUAUUGUUCCUUUUGUGAAAUCAAGCAAGAGGCAGCUGUGAGGACCACGAUUUCCAAGGUGCCGAAAAUAAUUGUUUUUCACUUUAAAAGGUUUGACAUCCAGGGCACAGUAAAGAGGAAGCUGCGGACAGACAUCCAUUACCCCCUGACCAACCUGGACCUCACUCCUUAUAUCUGUCCAGUUUUCCGGAAACAUCCCAUGUACAACCUGUGCGCAGUGGUGAACCACUUUGGAGAUCUGGAUGGUGGUCACUACACUGCUUUCUGCAAGAACUCGGUAACUCAGGCCUGGUACAGCUUUGAUGACACCCGAGUCAGUGAGAUCCCAGAUACUUCUGUUCAAACAGCUACAGCCUAUCUUCUGUUCUAUAGCUGCCAGCCUUUUUCUAUACCAGCACAGAAACGCAAGAGCCAGGACAGUACUCCUGACCACUGCAAGCAAGCUAUCCGAAAGUGGCCGUGAAUAUGCUUUGUUAUUAAAUCCUUACCACCUACUUACGUCUCACAGACAGCCUCUAUAAAACAAGUCUGCAGCACAGAAGGCAGCAUGGAGGCCAUGCAGUGCCAUCAGGGGCCUAAGAACUGCAGGCUUCAAAGGUCAAUGCCCCCUGCAAUGAAUGGGUUUCUGUUACAAUGUAUUUCAUAUAUAUGAAGUUAUUUCCCCCAAAUUUUAUACUUACUUUGUAUCUAUGUGCAUGUGGAAGUCAGAGGAUAACUUGUGGAAUUAAUUCUCCUUUCCACCAUGUGGGUCCUGGGGGACUCAGGUCCUCAGCAUUAGUGGGAGACAUUUUUACCCAGUGAACCAUCUCUCCAGCCCAACACAAAUCAUUUUUGUUUACACAUGUGAAUAAACAAAACAGAACAG